GCACAAACCAAGAUGGUCUACAACUGCGCAAAGAUCUCGAUGCAAGUGGACGGGCUUGCAUUCGAUCCUGUGAAGCUGCCAAAAAUUGUGUUCUUCCGCAGUUACGACAUGAAGGCUCGUUUCCUUAGGAAUUUAGGAGUUGAAUUCACCCGUCACGCAUCUCAGUUUAUUGGAUGUGUAAGCGCAUGUGUUGUGGAGAUGCGGCGUUGUGAGGCACUCGAACGAACGUUUCCGUUGGGUGAUGAUUUAACAUCAAUUUCAUCGCAACAAAUCACGCACAUGGAGCAAAUGCUCGAAACACUCGAGAAUCUCAUCACGGUCCAUUUUUCUACCAGUGAGGCGUCACCAGCUGAACGUGUCGCACCGCGUCGUCGACGUGCACCGAACUGUAGACCGACUUGUGUGUGCUCGAAACUCAAAACCAGUUACGCAUAA